CCACCCAUGCGUAAUACUCUCGUGUGGUUGCGCUGACGUAUGAUGUACCACAACAUGAGACCUAGGCUAGAUGUUGAUGGAGAUAUAUAAAUUAAAGUAAAUUUUAGUAAGCGCAAUCCAGACUACUUAGGAAAAUUAGCUAACAAUUUCAAGCUUAGACAAUGAAUAGGAUGCUACUGGUAGCCCUCGUGGCCGCGCAGGGGGCCUUGGGAGCAGCCACAACCGCCGCGCCAGCCGACUGUGGUUCGAGCCCCUCUGACAUCGUGUUCCUUCUGGAUUCAUCCGGCUCGGUAGGCGACGGCAAUUUUAUGAAGCAGCUGGAUUUCGUGUCGCAAUUCGCGCAGACGUUUGAUAUCGGGCCCCGCCAUGUGCAGAUUGGCGUCGUGACGUUCGCCGAUACCCCCCACAAUGAGUUCAAUCUGAACACAUACACAGAUAAGAAUGCGCUCGUCGCAGCGAUUAAACAUAUAACUUACAACUCGGGUGGCACUGCUACGGAUUUGGCCCUGGAUUACGUGAAGGCCAACAGCUUCACGAAGCCGGCGGGCGACCGUGACAACGUGGCCAACAUACUCAUCGUCAUGACGGACGGACAGUCGAACAAUUCAACGGAAACAGCGAAGUCGGCCGCUGCUCUGCACGCCGGACUAAACGCUAAGGUGUUUGUCAUCGGCAUCGGUGCCGGCGUGAGCACGACGGAGCUGGGGGUUAUUGCAUCCGACAAUCAGCACGUGUUCUCCGUAAGCAGCUUCAAUGCCUUAACCUCCCUACAGGCCGAACUGAAGAAGACUGCAUGCACAGUUGAUGGUGGCUGGACGAGCUUUGGUUCCUAUUCCCCGUGCACGAAGACCUGCGGAGGAGGCACCCAGUUCCAUGAACGCUCGUGCAUCAACCCGCCCCCAGCCAACGGAGGAGCGCAGUGUGUCGGCCAAGCCAGAGAGAACAAGGAUUGUAAUACACAGGUCUGCCCGACCAUCCCGCCAGCAACAACCACGACGACACCUACGACUACCCCUAUAUCGACAACGCUGGCUUCCGUUGAUGGUGACUGGACGAGCUUUGGUUCCUAUUCCCCGUGCACGAAGACCUGCGGAGGAGGCACCCAGUUCCAUGAACGCUCGUGCACCAACCCGCCCCCGGCCAACGGAGGAGCGCAGUGUAUCGGCCAAGCCAGAGAGAACAAGGAUUGUAAUACACAGGCCUGUCCGACCAUCCCGCCAGCAACAACCACGACGGCACCUACGACCACCCCUAUACCGACAACUCUGGCUUCCGACUGUGGUUCGAGCCCCUCUGACAUCGUGUUCCUUCUGGAUUCAUCCGGCUCGGUAGGCGACGACAAUUUUAUGAAGCAGCUGGAUUUCGUGUCGCAAUUCGCGCAGACGUUUGAUAUCGGGCCCCGCAAUGUGCAGAUUGGCGUCGUGACGUUCGCCGAUACCCCCCACAAUGAGUUCAAUCUGAACACAUACACAGAUAAGAAUGCGCUCGUCGCAGCGAUUAAACAUAUAACUUACAUCUCGGGGGAUACUUAUACGCACUUUGCCCUGGAUUACGUGAAGACCAACAGCUUCACAAAGCCGGCGGGCGACCGCAACAACGUGACCAACAUUCUCAUCGUCAUGACGGACGGACGGUCGAACGCACCGGCCGAAACGGUGAAGUCGGCCGCUGCUCUGCACGCCGGACUAAACGCUAAGGUGUUUGUCAUCGGCAUCGGUUCCGGCGUAAGCACGUCGGAGCUGGAGGUUAUUGCCUCCGACAAUCAGCACGUGUUCUCCGUAAGCAGCUUCGAUGCCUUAACCUCCCUACAGGCCGAACUGAAGAAGACUGCAUGCACAGUUGAUGGUGGCUGGACGAGCUUUGGUUCCUAUUACCCGUGCACGAAGACAUGCGGAGGAGGCACCCAGUUCCAUGAACGCUCGUGCACCAACCCGCCCCCGGCCAACGGAGGAGCGCAGUGUGUCGGCCAAGCCAGAGAGAACGAGGAUUGUAAUACACAGGCCUGCCCGACCAUCUCGCCAGCAACAACCACGACGACACCUAAGACUACCCCUAUAUCGACAACGCUGGCUUCCGACUGUGGUUCUAACCCCUCCGACAUCGUGUUCCUUCUGGAUUCAUCCGGCUCGGUAGGCGCCGCCGAUUUUAUGAAGCAGUUGCAUUUCGUGUCUCGAUUCGCGCAGACGUUUGAUAUAGGGCCCCGCAACGUGCAGAUUGGCGUCGUGACGUUCGCCACGACCCCCCACAAUGAGUUCAAUCUGAACACAUACACAGAUAAAAAUGCGCUCGUCGCAGCGAUUCAAAAUAUAACUUACAUCUCGGGUACCACUGCUACGGAUUUGGCCCUGAAUUUCGUGAAGGCUUACAGCUUCACAAAGCCGGCGGGCGACCGUGACAACGUGGCCAACAUACUCAUCGUCAUGACGGACGGACAGUCGAACUCACACGCAGAAACGGUGAAGUCGGCCGCUGCUCUGCACGCCGGACUAAACGCUAAGGUGUUUGCCAUCGGCAUAGGUGCCGGCGUGAGCACGACGGAGCUGGGGGUUAUUGCAUCCGACAAUCAGCACGUGUUCUCCGUAAGCAGCUUCGAUGCCUUAACCUCCCUACAGGCCGAACUGAAGAAGACUGCAUGCACAGUUGAUGGUGGCUGGACGAGCUUUGGUUCCUAUUCUCCGUGCACGAAGACCUGCGGAGGAGGCACCCAGUUCCAUGAACGCUCGUGCACCAACCCGCCCCCGGCCAACGGAGGAGCGCAGUGUGUCGGCCAAGCCAGAGAGAACGAGGAUUGUAAUACACAGGCCUGCCCGACCAUCCCACCAGCAACAACCACGACGGCACCUACGACUACCCCUAUAUCAAAAACGCUGGCUUCCGUUCUUCAGAUAGUUAUGGUGACAGCUGGGUCGGUCCUGUUCCUGUUGCUCAGUAUCUGCUUAAUCAUGUUUGUGUGUAGACGAAGACGACGAGCAUAUAGAAACAGCGAAUCCGUUUCAGAUGUUGUUGCCGUACAUUUUAAGAGCUCUGCUGUUAAUAAUGAACACUACAAUAUAGCAACCAGAUUUCAUAAUGUAGCAUACGAGAAUUACCCAACAUCGACAGAGACAACAAAAAAGCCACAAUAAAAUUAAAUCGGUCAACUGGUUCAGAAGAUAUGACAGUCUGAAGUUGAAGCUAAUUGCUAAGAACAGCCAUUUUAGCGUGACAUUCAAUUUUUUAUUUAUUGAAUAUGUGUAAAACUUAGAGCCGAAAAUUUUUAGUCGUAUGAGAGAAUAGUUUUUUCCCCAAAAUUGUGAUUUUGUAAAUAAGUUAUAACUGCAUAAUGUCUAUAUUGUAUUUUUCUCAAUCACUAACGGAUCAUAAUCAUUGACUCAACUUUGUUUAACAAUUAAGAGCCUUCUCUUUCAUAUUGCAUUCUCACAAAAAACAUCUAUGUGUAAAAAUGAAUAAACAUUUGUUGUUAGUUUGACGCAUGUGUAUGUAUAUGUAUUUCUGAUUGAUUUAUUGUUUUUGACGAU